UUCGCUCGCGGGACACCACACGAGACCAGAGGACGCAUGAGGGAAGUCUGCAUUCCGGGUCGUCCGCGUGAAUCGAUUCCGGCCGUUGAAGAUCCAGCGCCGGGUUUUCUCAGCGGCCUCUCUGUCUGUGUCUGGCAGCGAAGCGCAGCGUGAAAGCAGUGGGAAACAGAAACACUAUGGCUGCCACUCUGUCUCUCACUCAGCUCUCCAAUGGAAAUCCCAUUUAUGACAAACACUAUCGGCAGGUUGAUCCAACUGGCAGUGGGCGGGUGGCGGCAGCUGAUGCAGCACUGUUCCUGAAGAGGUCUGGCUUAGCUGACUUGGUCCUGGGGAAGGUCUGGGAUUUGGCAGACUCUGAACGUAAAGGUGCUCUUAACAAGCAGCAAUUCUUCAUAGCGCUGCGGUUGGUGGCCUGUGCUCAAAAUGGCCUGGAGGUGGCGCUCAGGAGCCUUAAUGUGUCUGUUCCUCCCCCAAAAUUUCAUGACACAAGCAGCCCGCAGUUAGCAGGAGGAGUGGCUGUUGACAAUCUCUGGGUUGUCAAGCCUGAGGAGAAGUUGAAGUUUGACGCUAUCUUUGAGAGUCUGGGUCCUACAGGAGGGAUUCUGACAGGAGACAAGGUCAAGCCGGUCCUGCUGAACUCCAAACUGCCCGUGGACAUCCUUGGCAGGGUGUGGGAGCUCAGUGACAUCGACAGAGAUGGCAUGUUGGACAGAGAUGAAUUUUCUGUGGCCAUGUAUCUGGUGUACAGAGCCCUGGAGGGGGAGCCUGUUCCCAUGUCCCUACCACCUCCCCUGGUUCCACCCUCCAAGAGGAAAAAACCCUCGGUGCCUCCUGUGAUGCCCCUGUUACCCUCGCCCCCCUCAGCCAAAGACAGUCGCUCCUCCCACGCUGCCUCUAAGACCAUGCCCCACCCCCCUAAACCUGCCCCCGCUCCUGUCCCAACACCAGCAGCUGCCCCUGUGAGUACGGUACCUGUCUCUUCUGUGCAUGCAGUGCCUGAAAAGCUUUUGUAUUGGGUGGUGUCGCCAGCAGACAAAGCAAAGUAUGAUGAGCUAUUCAGCAAGACGGAUGGAGACAUGGACGGCCUUGUGUCUGGACCUGAAGUCAGAGACAUCUUCUUGAAAACCGGGCUUCCCUCUGCCACACUUGCACGUAUCUGGGAGCUUUGUGACAUUGGAGACAUUGGGAAACUGACCCGAGAGCAGUUUGCCCUGGCGCUUCAUCUAAUCAAUCAGAGGCUGACGAAAGGCCUGGAACCUCCGCAGAGUCUCGCCCCAGAGAUGAUACCUCCAUCUGACCGACAAAACGUCAAACAGAACAACGCGGCGAACCUGGCCGCUGACUUCUCUGCCAUCAAGGAGCUCGACUCUCUCAGUAACGAGAUUGUCGAACUACAAAAGGAGAAGAGCUCUGUGGAAGAGGAGAUUAAGGAGAAGGAGGAGGCCAUCAGACAGCGCAGCAACGAAGUGCAGGACUUACAGGUUGAGGUGGCGAAGGAGAGCGAGGAGCUGCAGCGGCUCCAGGCUCAGCGUCAGAAGGUCCAGGAUGCCUUGGAGGAGCUGGACCAACAAAAAGGCUCCCUCGAGGAGCAGCUGACUUUUAUUCGCCAGCAAACCAACCAAGAAGCCCAUCUGAUUUCAUCGCUGCAGUCGGAGCAUGAGGACCAGGAACAGAAGAUAUGUCAGUUUGAGGAGGAGCUGGUCCAGGCCCGAGAGGAGCUCCUCGCUCUGCAGGAGGAGAGCAGGAAGCUGCAGGAGAAGGUCCAGGCCGCUGAGGAGCAACUCACACCUCUACAAGAGUCUGUCCGCGACUCCUUUACACAAGUUUCCCAGGUUCAGCAGAAACUGAACAACCUUCAGGUGGAAGAGAGGUCAGUAACUGCCCAGCUUAGCUGGAAAAGAGCCCUGGAGGACAACUCUCCUGUCAUGGUCAACGGAUCAACCGGCUUCACUGCAGAGCUGCGCCAGGGGGAUCCCUUCCAGCAGGACCUCUUCCAGGAGGACCAGCCUAAAGAGCUGAAGGAGGAAGAUCCAUCAGCUGUCUUUAAUCCGCAGAGAGAACAGUCGGAUCAAAAAGAGAAGGAAGAAGAGGAAGAAGAGAAGGAGGAAGAGAGUCCAAAAUAUGAUCCCUUGGAUGAUCUCUAUACUAGUCUCUCCUCUGAGGUGUACAAUAAUCGAUCGGCCCUCGCCAAACCACUUGAAAACACGGCGAGGGAGCACAGUAGCCUUAUACCCAACGUCUCCCCGCAGCUCAUGAAUGAUGCAGAGGAAUUGCCUAAAGAGAGCUCACCAAAGGUUGCAUCGCCAGAGCCGGAGAGCGAACCGGAGCCAGCAGAGGCCCCGGAAAGCCCCACCAACUCGUUACCGCCUCAAGUCGGCCCUCGCUCUAUGCCGCCUCAGACCAGCCCUCCCUCCCUGCCUGAGAUGGACUUCUUCCAUUCAGACCCCUUUACUGACCACGAUCCAUUCAAAGAUGAUCCAUUUGGAAAAGCAGAUGUUGCAGAUCCAUUUGGUGGAGAUCCGUUCAAGGGGUCCGACCCCUUUGCUGCAGACUCUUUCUUCCAGGCCCCCAGCGCCUCCUUUGCCUCAGACGACCCAUUCACUGCCAGCUCAGCUGAUCUGUUUGGUACCACUGUUGGUGUCCCAGAACCAGACCUGUUUGCAACCAAGCCUAGUGAUGUAGCAGCUGGACCAGCAGCAGGUCCAGAUCCUUUCUCCUCAAAACCUACCAAUCCAGCUGUAGCAGCCAAGGAUCCAUUCAGCACCACAGGAAACAAUAUGGCCAACUCAGACCUGUUUGGUGGCACAAAGCAUGCCACCGGGGAGGCGGAUCCAUUUGGUUCCCAGGAGAAAGGGGCAGAUCCCUUCAGCUGCUCUCUACCCUCCUCUGAUCUGGCCGUGAAGGACACUGCAGCAUCCAAUGACCCAUUUUCUCCAGGUGGUACGAUCGUAAACGCCAGCUCAGAUCCAGAUCCGUUUGCGGCCGUGUUUGGUAAUGAAUCGUUUGGAGGAGGCUUUGCAGAUUUCAGUGCUUUGACAAAGUCAAACGGUGCUGACCAGUUUGGCAUCAACAAUAAGAACCUGUUCCUGGAAGAAAGCCAGUCUGCUGGCCCUGAUGUGCCCCCAGCCCUGCCCCCCAAAACGGGUACGCCAACCAGACCACCUCCUCCACCUCCAGGGAAGAGAUCGGCCAUCUCCAGGACCGAUUCGUCAGAGUCCUUCCAACGACGAGGGCCGUUCCUCCAACAGCCUCCGGGAGACUUCUCCUCUUCCCUGCCUGCUAAGGAUCCUUUAGCCGACCCCUUCGCCCCUUCCUCCCCUCCUCGUCACAACGCACGGGAAACUGACCGAUUUGCCAGCUUUGACAAACAGUAUCCAACAGAGGAAGACAUGAUAGAGUGGGCAAAGCGCGAGAGCGAGCGAGAGGAAAAGGAGCGACUUGCCAGGCUCACCCAGCAGGAACAAGAGGACCUGGAGCUGGCCAUCGCACUCAGCCAGUCUGAACUCUCCUGAGGAGCUUGUCCCGCCCCCUUCCCCCUCCCCUCGUCCACUGGCUCGGCACGGCACGGCACGGCACAGCCUGGCCCAGCCCAGAAAGCACCAAAGCAAAGUGGGGACUGUACAAGACUGAUUCAGCAUCACCUGCUGACCCCUUGAAAAGACUUUCUUGGAACAAACCCAUCUCUGAAUCUUCCUCCUUCUCCCCAGACUGUGUUCACCGUUCACUGGCAAUGCAGUAUUGAUUUCUCUCUCUCUCCCCCCCCCCCCCCCCCCCCCCCCCUCCCAAAUCUCAUGUUUUUGGAGGAGAGGACCAAGAUGGAGUGUUCUGAAGAAUGGAUUGUUGAAAAAUGAAAUGCAGUGAAUGUGGCUCUAGAGAUUGCUCCAUUGAUUUCAACAUCAUGCUACAAAUGUCUCAUUAACUCUCCAGAAUGUAAUUUAUUUAAUGCACUCAAAACUUGAUUGAAAUAGCCAUGUCAGAAGUCUUGUCUUUAUCCACUAACAGUACUCGUUACACUUUCUUAAAACUCGGCUCACUCUAGCUUCUGAAGUUAUUUUGUGAAUUUCAUGAGUUUAUUUUAUUAGAAAUAGUCUCGCUCAUUUAGUUGAGACCCCCCAAAAAAAGACCAUAGGCUGAGGGGGGUGGGAAGUGUUUUUUUGAGGCACUGUAACAAUAUUAAAGUGCGAGGCAGUCUUUUUAAGUGACCAUGUACGAGUACUAUACGAGUACAUGGUCACUUUUAAAAAAGUGACCAUGUACUCGUAUAGUUCCGUAUGAUCGCAGAAUGCCGAUGAGAUUUUCAUUAAAAAAAAGGACUUCUUCAGGACCGGGUGACAGGAUUUCUACUUGUUUAACUGGAAGUUACCAGUCCUCUGAUGUGUGAAACGCAUGUGCAGAUUUAUACAAAAAUGUAACAAAGUCAUCACAUGCUACCACAUUCAGCUUCAUGAUACUUUGAGUUCUUUUACAUUUCAGUAAUGUGUCUUUCUUUCAAUUCUUUUUUUGGGAGAUACUGAAAGGAAUGAUACUACAUCUAUUACAUGUAAUGAUUACAUAUUAACUAGCAUUACAUUUCAGGGCACACUUCAAGGGAUUGCACAAAACGAUAACAUGACUGUUUUUUUUUUUGAGAGUCCAACACCAAAUACUUAGUAUCUUUUAAUUAGUACAAAACGCUUUAUUAAUGUCUUUAUUAUUGACACUAACAAACAAACUUUAAAAAAAAAUGUGAACUUGGUUGUCAUAGAUGAAUCAAAGAGUGUGGGAAAGCCGUUGUAUGCCCAUUUCCAUUAGUGUCAAUAGUAUUGUUAAUCCUCACUGAUCAAGGGUCAGGCACUCAGCAGUCUCCCUAAAGCAGACUUCUGUAAUAAGUAUCUUGAAAAAACGAUCAACUUCCUCAAGUAGGUCACAGUUGUCACACCCGGGUUCCAUUUUGAAGAGAGCCACUGUUGUUACUACUUUGGUUAUCGUUUGUAUGACCGUUCAAUAUUUCCAGAUGCUUCCUCUCUGAGAGACUAAUUAAAUUACACAAAGUCAGUAAAAGUCAAUUGGCUCACCUGCGUUUCUGUGGAGCGGUUUGUCUUCCACAACAACAAACCAGUUAGCACCCUCAGAGCCAGUGAUGCUCUCUCUUCUGUGUUUUCUCCCAGUAAACAAGCUACUUAACGCUGAGUGCUGAACUGUGAUUGUUCUCUGAACUAGUGAAGUUGUACAGCAGGAGGCUUUCGUUGUUGUUCUCUUUGCUGAUUUCUGACCAAACUUCUUCCUGCUCGUUGUCACUUAAGGAAAAUAAGCAUCGUCAUAGUUUCCACUUCACGUGUUUAACUAGUUUACUGUCUGUGGUUAAAGCUGCACUUCCUACUUACGGUUCACGUUUAUUGUAAACUCAAGAGAACAGCAGCUGUCUGUCAUAUACGACAGUUUAAUUCCACCUGACACGUUACUGUCAUUUGUAAGGACUCCUUUUGCAAAUCAAGAACCACUUAUGUUUCUAGGCUUACCCAUAAAGGCUUUUUAAAACUCAAGCUACUUGUAUUUUUAUUUUGUAUUUUCUAACAUGUAGAGAAAAAUAAAAUCAUUAUUUUGCCAGAA